AUGCGGAAGCGGACGAUUACUUCGAGCGCAAGCGCUCUACUCCUUCUGCUCACCUCUCUUGUCAGCGCAAAACACAACGGGAUCCACGAUCACCUCGAGGCCCUUCACAAACGACAUCGCGCAAAUCGAGAGCUUGCCGCCAGAUCAACGGCUGAGGAUGGACAGCAAGGGGUGGAAGUAAGAUCGAUUCCAGAAAUUCAAACAUCUGUGAGCAAUUUGGAGAAGCGACAAGGGCAAUGUGCUUUUCCUACAGAUGCUGGCCUGGUUCCAGUCUCGCCGGGGGAUGAAAACGGUGGAUGGGCCAUGAGCCCAAAUCAACAAUGCACGCCAGGAAGUUACUGUCCUUACGCAUGUCCGGCUGGUCAAGUGUCCAUGCAAUGGGAUCCCAGCGCUACGUCUUACACAUAUCCCCAGUCGAUGAACGGUGGGCUGUACUGCGACCAGAACGGCAACAUACAGAAGCCAUUUCCAAACAAACCAUACUGCCAGGCCACCAAUUCCAACAUCGGCGUCCAAAACAAUGCUGGUGGCGUUGUGUCAUUCUGCCAGACUGUGCUUCCAGGAAAUGAAGCCAUGUUGAUUCCCACGUCCGUCACCAGUUUUGCGACUCUCGCAGUACCAGGUCCCAGCUACUGGUGCGAAACUGCGGCGCACUAUUACAUCAAUCCUCCUGGAAUUGGCACUGAUCAAGCGUGCGUAUGGGGUACCAGUUCUAAUCCUUAUGGCAAUUGGUCCCCUUAUGUGGCUGGAGCCAAUGUGGAUUCCUCAGGAAACACAUUCAUCAAGCUUGGUUGGAAUCCUAUCUAUCUCGAGCCGGCUACGCCUUUCCGGAAUCAAAUGCCAAAUUGGGGCGUCAAAAUUGACUGUCCCAAUGGCGGAUGCUCGGGGCUCCCGUGUGCCAUUGAUCCCUCCCAAAACUCAGUCAAUGAAAUGGUUGGUGAUUCGAGCAUUGGAGCAGGAGGUGGCGCCUUUUGUGUGGUUACAGUUGCGCAGGGCUCAAGCGCCAACUUUGUGGUCUUCAAUGCCGGCGGCGACACCAGCGAUAGCGGUAGCAGUAGCGGCUCUGGUUCGUCGACUACAUCGUGGAGUGGCAACAAUGCUGGACAGUUCUUCCAAACCACCAGCUCUUGGCAAUCACCCACAGCUUCUCAGUCGUCCUCUGGAUCCCCUUCCAGCGAAACAUCCACCACUUCAACCGAAUCCUAUGCGGAAUCCUGGACUUCCUCGUCGGUCUCAACGACAAGCUCUGCACAUAUGGUGUCGCCUUGGACUGGCCCUACCAAAGCAACCGGUUACUCGUACGGACUACCAACUCAUUCGCCAUAUUACUCGUUGUUCAACCACACCACCUACACACCCCCAACAGGAGUUACCGCGGGAGCCGUCGAAACAACCGCCGAAGCCACGGCAACACCAUCCGCGCCAGCCUCAUCUACAGUUGCUCCCCUCUUGCCUGCCACAGGUGGCUCCUCGACAGCACAACUUUCUCUUGUCGGCCUCUUCUCGGCGUUGGCCGUCUACGCAUCUGUUAUAAUGUGA